AUGCGGCCCCCUGCUCUCCUGCCUCAGCCUCUGCCUCAGCCUCUGCUCUCCUGCCUCAGCCUCUGCCUCAGCCUCAGCCCCUGCUCUCCUGCCUCAGCCCCUGCUCUCCUGCCUCAGCCCCUGCCUCAGCCUCAGCCCCUGCUCUCCUGCCUCAGCCCCUGCUCUCCUGCCUCAGCCCCUGCUCUCCUGCCUCAGCCCCUGCUCUCCUGCCUCAGCCCCUGCUCUCCUGCCUCAGCCUCUGCCUCAGCCUCAGCCCCUGCUCUCCUGCCUCAGCCCCUGCUCUCCUGCCUCAGCCCCUGCUCUCCUGCCUCAGCCCCUGCUCUCCUGCCUCAGCCCCUGCUCUCCUGCCUCAGCCUCUGCUCUCCUGCCUCAGCCUCUGCUCUCCUGCCUCAGCCUCUGCUCUCCUGCCUCAGCCUCUGCUCUCCUGCCUCAGCCCCUGCUCUCCUGCCUCAGCCCCUGCUCUCCUGCCUCAGCCCCUGCUCUCCUGCCUCAGCCCCUGCUCUCCUGCCUCAGCCCCUGCUCUCCUGCCUCAGCCUCUGCCUCAGCCUCAGCCCCUGCUCUCCUGCCUCAGCCCCUGCUCUCCUGCCUCAGCCCCUGCUCUCCUGCCUCAGCCCCUGCCUCAGCCCCUGCUCUCCUGCCUCAGCCUCUGCUCUCCUGCCUCGCCCUGCCUCAGCCUCAGCCCCUGCCUCAGCCUCAGCCCCUGCUCUCCUGCCUCAGCCCCUGCUCUCCUGCCUCAGCCCCUACCUCAGCCUCAGCCCCUGCUCUCCUGCCUCAGCCCCUGCUCUCCUGCCUCAGCCUCUGCUCUCCUGCCUCAGCCCCUGCCUCAGCCUCAGCCCCUGCCUCAGCCUCAGCCCCUGCUCUCCUGCCUCAGCCCCUGCUCUCCUGCCUCAGCCCCUGCUCUCCUGCCUCAGCCUCUGCUCUCCUGCCUCAGCCUCUGCUCUCCUGCCUCAGCCCCUGCUCUCCUGCCUCAGCCUCUGCUCUCCUGCCUCAGCCCCUGCUCACCUGCCUCAGCCCUUGCUCUCCUGCCUCAGAUACAACGACACGCUUCAGGAGCAGAACGUGCAGGACUGUGUGAAGGGCCAGUACUUCCUCCAGGACGACAUGGAGGAGAAGAAAGUGUGCAGUUUCAAGAGGGGCCUCCUCAAAGCCUGCUCCGGCCUCUCCGACACCAGCUUCGGAUACUCUGAGGGCCAGCCGUGCAUCCUGCUCAAACUCAACAGGAUCAUUGGCCUGAUGCCGCGUGGAGACCCUUACAUCAACUGCACAGUGAAGAAAGACUCCCCGGUGCAGAUGGCGUACUAUCCCGAUGAGGGCCGCAUCGACAAGAAGUAUUUCCCUUAUUACGGCAAGAAGGCUCACGAGAACUAUGUGCAGCCUCUGGUGGCCGUGAAGCUGCUUCUGGGGAAGGAGGACCUGAACAAGGAGCACUCGGUGGAAUGCCGGGUAGAGGGCUCCGACCUGCGCAACAACGACGAGCGAGACAAGUGGCUGGGCCGCGUCAGCUUCAAAGUGAAGGUGACGGAGUAA